GUAGUACUUCUACCAUAUACGAUGUUGAAGAGCCUGCUCCAAUUGUCUGGACGGACACACCAGUAGACGAAGCUGCACGGGGCGGCUGCAACUCUUCUCCCCUCCCCAACGACAACGACGUUCUUGAUACGACCCUUUUAAUACCGCAGAGCAUCCUUGGUUCUCGAAUCCGCUACGUCGUGUUGCCAAAGUUGUGGUGGCUUUCUCCUCUGGGGGGACGGAUUGUCAAGCAAAAGUUGGUGGAGGAUUUUUUGUUGUCGUGUAAAAAGAAGUGCGCCCCUGCUCCUGCUGCUUCCACCGGUUGUCCACUGGCAGGAAGUACGUCGAAGGAAGAAGAUCAUGGUGGAGUUGUAAGUGAUAGUUGUGGAGGUGCCAAGAACUUCUCAUCUCAAUUGUCAACUACUUCGAAACAAGAUGAAGAACUGGACGCAGAAUACGAGCAGCUUUUCGGCGCCACCUGCUGGCGAAACGAGCUGAAGAUUUUCGAUAAUCCGGAG